AUGGGGAUGCACAGGAAGUCCGCCACCAAUAAUGCAGCCCAUAGGCAGCGGUUAGGUGAGGCACGUGCUGGCUACAGCAUUUUAUAUCAUUUCCUAGCACCUCAAUUUCAUUCGCAAAUCACAAGCUCUCCUCCUUCUCUCACCCGCUACUGUGAAGUCUGUACUGUACCUAGGAGUAUAAUAGAACAGCUACACAGUGAGAUGGAUGAGCACGAGCCCAGCCUUGAGCUCACCCUCCGCAUGAGCUCGGCAGCUGAGGCGGAGCAGGGCGGCUUCUUCCUCUGCGUCUACUGCGACCGCAAGUUCCGCAGCUCGCAGGCGCUCGGCGGCCACCAGAACGCGCACAAGCACGAGCGCAGCCUCGCCCACCGCCGGCGGGAGAUGGCCGCCGCCACGGGUGCACACGGGGCGGCCGGAACACGCGCGCCUGCGGCGCAGGACGAGAGGCCCAGGUAUGUUUCCGCCGGCGAUUUCGUCGAGCCUUCCGCUGGGAAGGCGGGGAGGACGGAGGCAAGGGCGUGGAAGGUUGCUGCUGCUCCCGAGUACGGCUACCGCGCCGAUGAUGUGGACCUGUCGCUCAGGCUAUGAUCGAUCUCUUCUUCUAUCUACUUGAGUUUCUCUCAUGGAAUUCCGACCUGCGCGCGCGUCGCGCCGUAUUUUGGGCUCCUAUUUCUUUUGUAUUCUCCGAUUGAUCUGACUGAAUGUACUUACCGAAAUUUUUCUUCAAAUAUAUCUGUGCCCUCCAGUAUAUAUGUC